AUAGCUGUAAAGUUGUCCCAGUGAGCUGUCUACUGUAAUGUAUGCUGACGGCUCAUUAACACACACACACGUUAGCACCAUGGACAGAGAGUGUGUGUCGCUGCUGCCCGCUGUGUGUGAGGUGCUGGCGGGCUCAGGGAGGUCUCUGCCCGAUGACACCAGCCUGGAGAAACUGUUGGACUGGUUCACUGGGCUCACCAAGGCUGGAGGAUCUCUGCUGGAGGCCUGCCCGUGCCUGCUGGACUUCAUAUCCGCUGUGGUUUCCAACACAGCUUCAGACCCCGGCGUCCUCUCCUUCACCCUCAAACUCGCCGGCUUAGCGGCUGCCACUGAGAAGGGCUUCAGAAUGCUUCAGGAAAGCUCUCUUCUGGACCUGGUCUUCAACCUUCAGCGCUGGCAGGAAGCAGGAUUCUGGGAGGAUCCCUGUUUAAGGAUUGGCUGGAUCCAAGGCUUAAAUAACCUGCUGCUGCACCCAAAGGCUCUCAACUUCUUUGUACAAUCAGAUUUCAUCGAACCGCUCCUUCAACUCCAGACAGACACAAGUCUGUUUGUUGCCUCAGCUGCCAAUCAGUUGCUCGCCCACAUCCUGAUCUUCUUCCAGCCAGUCUCCUCUGCAGGAUGUAAUGGUCUAGAUAAGAAAGAAGAAGAAGAUGAUGGCAGGACACAAACAUCCAUCCACACAGCUGUUGUCAUGACGAUCUCACAGUAUCUUAAGGACUCACUUGUUCCCAAAGAAAACAAACAGCUCCAUCAGAGUCUGCAGAUCCUCAAACUGCUGGCCCUGCUCCUGACCCAGGCCGGACCUCCUCUGCGGGACAAGCUGCUCCAGACGGUAUCUGACCCUCUGGAGGAACUGGUGGCAGCAGGCUGCAGUCAGCUCACACUGCCUCUAAUGGACGUCAUUCUGGCUGCAUACAGCCGCGACACUGAUGAACGCGCCCCGGACCAACGCGUCACCCGUCUGCUAUCAUCCAUGUUGAACAUUAACAAACCCUCUGGCCUCAUUCACGCUGCAGCUGCUUUUCUUCGCAGAGGUCAUCGCAACACUGUCCACACAGCUCGGGCUGUGAGAAUACUGCUGCUGCCUCUCGAUAUUAUAGCUGAUCACACUCUUCUGGGAACAAACACCACUGACGAGCAUCAGUCGUCAGUGCUGGAGCAGCUGAAGGGUAAAACCUCCUGCAUCUCUCUGAUCUGUGUAUGUCUGACAAACACACCGCAGAUCACACUCAUGCCCUCUGAUGUCCUCCCCUGUCCUCCAGAUUUGAUUGUCACUGCAGUUCUGUCACUGUUAAGGAUCUGCAGUGGCGUCUCCUUGUCCACUGUUUGCAGUGAGGUCUGCAGGAAUGUAAUCGGCAGCAGCAAAGUCCAGAAAUGUGCUCUAGAGGCUCUGACGGCACUCAACAGCAGCCCAGGAGUGAAGGAGAAGAUCAAUGAUGUGUUCACAGUUCUGAUAAAAUAUCUGGACGAUCCUGAUUCUGACCCGACUGUGCUCCACAAGUCCUACCAGGCCUUAGUGACGUGGAGUGUGUGCACAGACCUUUCCUUAAUAACAGACCAGCUCAGACAAGAUCUCGUGGAGGUGGUGAAGAAGCGGGUGUGUGACAUGCGCUGGGAGGUGAGAGACUCGACGGUGGAGUUUCUGGGACACCUGCAGGAGUGUGACGUGUCGGAGGCUCUGCUGGGAGGGUGCUGUACCACUCAUCUCCUGAGGGAGGCGCUUCAGGACACGGAGAGUUAUGUGAGAGCCAGCGCCGUCUCAGCACUGGCAAAAACUCUGGCACACAGCUGGCAGCAGGGGGCAGCGCUCGGUCAGGAGGAGGGUGAAAUUGUGAGCCGGCUGCUUGAAAUUCUCUCCCAGGACACGGAGGGAUUCUCCAGGAGGGCGGUCGUACAGUACUUCAUCGCCUGGUUCUCUUCAAGCCCCUCGCACUCGCCUCAGUCGUCAGUAGCCACCUCCUGCACCUCUCUCCUGAUGCAGUGUGUGCCCUCCGUUCUCUCGCAGGGCAGCGCCGAUCUGGACUGGGAGGUCAAAGUUCACACGCUGGAGCUGGUCGAGCUGCUGAUGGACGAAGCCUUUUCAGGUCACCGGCGCUACAAGAAGACCUCAGACACGCGUCAAGCCCCAUCGCACCCCUAUGGUGUGGUUUCCAACCAGGCGUUUACACUUCACACACACACCGGUCAACACACAGACGGUGUGGAGUCAGAUUUGUCCGGUGUGUUGAACAAUCUGGUCGAGCUCGGAGUCGUCUCAGCCAUGUUGAGCGGGCUGGUGGACUGCGACAGGCCUGUGGGUCUGAGGGCCUGUCGACUGCUGAUAACGCUCAGAGAGACGGUGGCAGACGACGCUGUCGGGGUGUCCUGUGAGCUGCCUGACCGGGGCUGGGGGCUGGAGAUCAGGAAGAUGCUGGGGGUGAAGAAGAGUGCCGGGGCCAGAGAGGUGGACAUCGCAGGAAAGAGAUGUUUCAAUGACGAUUCAGAAGACUGCGGUGUUGGUGUGUGCGAGGCGUUGAGGUCUCUGGGUUUAGACGAGAGGCUGGACGUCCUGACUCAGAGCAGUGACCACGUCCACAACUCUCCUCUGUCUCUGCUGCAGGACAUACUGACCGCGAGUGCUGCUCACACUCGCCCAGACACGCAAGCAGGAGAGGAGGUCAUAGUGGACUGCUAUUGACACACACACACACACACACACACACACACACACACACACACACACACACACACACACACACACAAUGCCUUAUGUUGGUCUGAAAUCAAACACUCUCUUAGCUCAGGGUAUAUUCAGCUUCGUGUUGCUGAGAUAUUUUGGUUACUUGCCCUGUUUUUUUGAUAAUAUACUGUACAUGCACUGUUUUUACUGGUGACAGAGUAAAAGUAUUUGUGAAGAUGUGAGAAAGCAUCAUAAAAAAUGUAAUUAAUCGCCAACUAUUUGAUCAUCACUUUUAUUGCUUUGUGUACUUUUUCUAAGAAAAAACGUUCAAAUUCUCUAAUUGCAGCUUCAUAAAUCUGAAGGUUUUUGUUAUAAAAUGAAAAUACUCAAAUAAAGAACAAAGACUUGUACCUUAAA